AUGACAAUCGACUGUUUUUCAAAUAUCGCUUUCAUUCCCAAUGACAUCUGGGUAGCAAUAACCAUUAAAGUUGCGUCAGACUCCAUUCGUGACCUGUGCAGUCUCAGAAUGACCUGUAAGGUUGCACGCGAUGUGGGAGAGGCCGAUAUUGUUCACCGGAGUGUUUCCAUCCUACCACCGCAUGCCACGCCGUGGUGGUGGUGCCUCAACCCGGAGCCAAAGAGAUUCUUUGAUCGAUGCAUGGUAGCUGGCCAUCCAGAGCUUCUGUUUCAGAAGGCACUUCGGAAACUCUUCAUCAGACGUAACGAAAACGUUGGCCUCCAGAUGCUGAAUAGUGCAACAAGUAUAGGCCAUGCUGCAGCCACAUACGCACUGACCAUGACGUUGCUGCUUCGCACAGACGACAACGACGAAAAACAAAAAGGGCUGGAAUUGUAG